GAAUAUGAAUUUUCAGUUCAUAUUCAACUACAAAUUUGAAAUCAGUGAAGUCAACUAAAGCCUAGAGGUGACAAAUGGGGUGUUUAGGAAUGAAAUACAGCCACACAACCAUCACCUUGAGGUUGCUUCUGCCCAUUCAACAUCCCUAUAAAGCAGAUACAAUUUGUUGUUUAACAUAAAAACUUCAAACAAAACCUGAAAAUGAACAAUCACAAUGAGGCACAAAAGCAAGCAACACAGAGUGAAGUGAUAGUAGUGAUCAUUCCUUUUCCUACACAAGGCCAUCUGAACCAGCUCCUCCACCUCUCCCGUCUCGUCUCGUCGUACUAUAUUCCGGUUCAUUAUGUCACCACUCCUAUCCACUGCCGCCAGGCCAAGCUCAGAAUCCAGGGCUGGAACUCCCUCUCAAGUCCCCUGAUUAAUUUUCAUGAAUUUUCAGUGCCUGCUUUCGACUCCCCUCCUGCGAACCCACACUCUGCCUUCCAGUUCCCUUCACAUCUUGUACCAUCUUUUUUCUCCGCCUUGCACCUCCGAAAACAAGUAGCUCAACUACUAUCAGCUCUGUCUGAAACCACCAAAAGGGUUGUCGUAAUUUAUGACUAUCUGAUUCCCUAUGUUGGUCAAGAUGUGGCCUCUUUGCCAAAUGGAGAGGCCUAUUGUUUUCAUCCCCUCUCAGCUUUUCGGACAUUCUGUGAAACAGUGGGGGAAUCCCGUUUUGAAAUUAUCGAUGAUCAUCUUAUAAAACAGCUUCCUUGUGUAGCACCUACUCUCAGUUCAGAAGUCAUGGAAUUCUUUUCUAAGCAGCGUGAGGAUCUUGUUCAGUACAGCUCGGGUGCACUUUUCAAUACCUGUAGAGCAAUCGAAGCUCCAUUUCUUGAUGUGCUAGCCGAAGAAAAGGGCAGACAGUGGGCUAUUGGACCAUUCAACCCAUUGAAAAUAUUCAAGCCUAAGGAUCCAUCUCACGGACGCCACAAAUGCUUGGAGUGGCUAGACAAACAAGUUCACGAAUCUGUAAUGUAUGUUUCUUUCGGGACAACAACUAGUUUAACAGACGACCAAGUUGAGAGCCUUGCCAUUGGCCUUGAAAAAAGUGGUCAAAAGUUCAUUUGGGUGCUGCGUGAUGCGGAUAAAGGAGACAUAUUUUUAGACGAUGUGAGAGCAUAUAAGUUGCCAAAUCAUUACGAAGAAAGAUUAGAACUAAACGGACAGGGAAUGAUAGUGAGAGAUUGGGCGCCUCAGUUGGAGAUUUUGGCGCAUGCUUCUACCGGAGGAUUUAUGAGUCAUUGCGGAUGGAAUUCAUGUAUGGAAAGUAUUACGAUGGAAGUGCCUAUAGCAACAUGGCCAAUGCAUUCUGAUCAGCCUCACAAUGCCUUGUUAGUGACGGAGGUUCUUAAAAUCGGAGUUGUGGUCAAGGACUGGGAGAGUAGAGAUAAGUUAGUGGAGUCAUUGACGAUUGAGAAUGCUGUUAGAGAGUUGAUGGCAUCGGAGAAAGGAGAAGUGAUAAGGAAGAGAGCAGUAGUGUUGGGUUCGGCUGUCAAGAGAUCUGUUGCCGAUGGUGGUGAUACUCACGUAGAGAUUGAUAACUUCAUUGCUCACAUACGAAGAUAGACGACAGUUUAUCUUAUCAUUUUGGCAAUCCUUUCCAGUUCUCUCUGUGUUUCAUUGAAUUAGCACUUGAUAUUAUUGUUAUUCUAUUUUUGUAGUUCAUGUCACUUUGUUUUGUUAGUGUUUUGCACUGUCAAA